UUUGUUUUCGCUACAGGUUUGUUUGCUUUGUAAAAUUUAUUAGUAUCAAGUUUAUGCUACGCAAAGCAACGCGUAGUCUGGCGCAAAAACUGGGCAAAUUUCAGAGCAAGAUGAGCAGCCCACUGAGCACAGUGUGGCCAAAUCCUACAGUGGUGCCUCCACAACAAUUGUCCCAGCUGACUCCGUUUGCCAAGCAACAGCUGGAGCAGUGCACAAAUUUAGUAAAACCAUCGACAAAAGCAGCUGCCGUCGAUCUCGAUGAGUUUAUGCAAAUCUCUGAGCAGUUUCCCAUACCAUUUCCCAUUGACACUUGUCGAGUGAAAACUCAACCUGCAGAACGUCGGGAACUGAUACGCGGUCAGAUUGCCUCAGCUUAUCCCAUAGUACACGAAUUGACGCUGGUGCUCUUGCUCAACUUUCUGGAGCACAAGCAAAAGUAUGGUAAUGCCAAGGAAUUGAGUGUCUAUGGCAAUCUCUCGUUAACUGACUUUGUGCAGCGGUUGCUGGACAAACGUUGCGCUUACUUCUUUGGUGGCAGCGAUACUUUUAAACUCCUCAGCGGACAACGUGGAAGUGGUGGCUUCGAGCAGAUUGGCGAUGUGAAUAAGCAGCGUUCUCCGCUGUUGCUCGAUCAAGUGCUCAGCUAUGAUGAAAUCAAGCUGGCUGCCUUGCUCUAUGUGUCCACGCACUCCGAGUUCAUCAACAACGGCGAUCGCUCCAAUGCCGGCGUCGUGGAACAGAACAAAACACUCAUUGAGCGCGAGGGCGUCAUCAUGGGCAUGAUUGGUGCACGCUUCGAGCGUGACGAAGUCAUGGAGUACCAGGAUAUUAUCAUAACGCCACGACAGAAUACCGAAGCAAAGGGUUAUGGUUACAAGGCGGACAAGCCACAAAAUCGCGUCCAGGAUUAUCGUCGCUUAUGGCGCGACUUCUAUGAGGAGCCGCAGGACUUUCGUUACACGGAUGUGCCGCAGGAUGCGUCACGCUUUCUCCCGCUGCUGCAUGACGAGGGUUAUCUCGAUGCCCGAGUGAUGAGCAAACGGUAUGUCAUCAGUUUCGAUUGCUUGCUCUUGGAGGCGGAGGCACGUGCGGCAGCUGCUGGCAAAUUGGCCUACAUACACGUGGUGGGCUUUGGACUGGGCGUCUGGAAGAUAUUGGAGGAGCAGGAGCGCAUAUUUCUCUCGACCUUUGAGCAGCGUUUGCGUGCGUUAAGCACCCGUCUGUUGCAUGUUGGCGUCGUGCAUUUCUCAUGGUUUCAUUUGAAGCAAUGCGACGGCAUCCACGAUGGCGCAUUCAUUAAAGAGCCAACGCAUCCACAGGGUGGCAUCAAAGUGCGUCUUUCCGUGCGCAAUCCCAACGAUAAGCUAAAGAAGGACCAGCUGCUGCUGGUCACGUAUGCUUGGGAUGGCAAUGCGCUGCCAGGCAACGAAUUCUGGGCGAAUAUGUUGGUAAGCACUGGAGAUCCAGCUGCUGCGUGUUCCACGCUGAUUACGGAGCUGCAGAACAGUCACAUCAACAAACAAUACAUGAGUGGCAACAACCUGCACGUGGCAUCCAUGGAACACGGCGUGUUGCACAUUGCCGACUAUGCCGAGCGUCUGCUGCACAUUUCUUCAUAAUUCAUUUUCUGUUUUUCUAUACUUGUCUUUAUCGCAUUUGUGUUAAGUGUUGUGAUAAGCUUAGCUUGAAGAAUUUCCCCGAAUUUUGCAAAUUAAUUGCACAAAAAUGUCAUUGUGAUAAGCUUUAAAUGUCUACAGACUUUUUGAGUUGAAUGGACUUUUUCCAUUCUUGAAAUUGAAUAAUUUUUGAUAAUCGCUGAAUUAAAAAUGUUUUAGCAACAAAAGUAA